GUCCAAAUGAGGUGUAUAAGGUGUCCUUGGAUAGCUUUUGAAGUCUAUUUUUAUAAUUGAGUGGUCUCUGUUCGAGAGGAGAGGGUAAUCAUCCAAAAAUCGAUCUGGAACGAGCAGUGGUCUGUGAACUCGAGCUGUGAGAGUGCUGAGACUGUUUGGUUGAUAUCUCGAGUUUUACCAAUCCAAUUAAGGCGUGUGAGAUACCAAAAGAAAUCUCUCAAGACGAGGAAUCCGUGAAGGUCUGGUUUGCAUCAAUCGGAGUAGAGGAAGGCUUCCAAAUCGUCCGAGCAGAACGCGACCUCGCAGGGACGGAUUUACUCUUCUAAGAAUCGAGUUAGCCGGAAAACACCCGUUCUAGGGGCUGUUUUCGUAUCAACGAUUAGGGGUUGAAAUAGCAACUUGAGGAGGCUGUUUAGCACCCAUUUCUAAGCAAGGAAUCAGUUCUCAAGCUUCCUUGGCCGAGGCUUUGGUCAUUGGAUCGAGAAGGAAAGUUUUAAAGCUCAUUUGAGAUGGCACCGAGGCAAAAGCACACUAGGGGUGGAGGUGCCGGCUCUAGCCGAGGCAACACCAGCCGGUACCAGCCCAGGUUCCCGCAACUGCGGGACGAACUGAAGCAUACGGAGCUGCUGCAAAAGCCUAUGGGCACAUUCUACUUUCCGGAUGAGGACUCUCUCACGGCAGCAGGAGUGAGAGAUGACGUGAUGUUCCUUUUGAGACGGGGGUGGUGGAGACACUUAUUCUUUGGGAUCCGUGAUAUCACAUAUAGAGAGAUUACUUGCGAGGUGCUAGCGACAUUCAAGAUGCCGAAGGUCAUCCCCAUUGAUGACAACCAUAGGCCCGUCAUCAAGUUCCGGGCAUUCGAGGAGGAUCAUGCCAUCUCCAUGGAGGAGGUGCGCUAUCAUUUGGGUUUUAUGGGGAUCGAGGAUAACGGCCAGCACGAGGCUACUCUGACAGACUUUCCCCCAGGCGUCGAUCGCCAGGCAUUCUGGGAGUCGAUUACGAGAGAUGGCGGGACUUACACACCGAAGAAGUCCCCUAGCACUUUGCUUUACCCCCGCCAGUACCGCAUUAUACACGCACUCCUUUCCUCCACCAUCACCGGCAAGGCCGAGGUUGCCGGUAAGGUCACUCAGACGGACCUCUUCUGCUUAUAUUGUAUGAUCCACAACUGCAAGCCCCACAUGGGCUAUCUCAUAGCCAAACUCCUCCACCGUCAAGCCACGAACCACAUCAAGGCCAUUUAUGUUGGCCCAUUCAUUACGAGACUUUUGACUAGGAUGGGGUUCGGGGACCGCUUUCAGAGGAUGGAGGAGAGCUCCAGUUUUGCUGCUUUGACCCGGCUCCCCGAGGUCAACACUGGCGUGGCGAGGAGAAGGACACAGCAGGCAGCACCAGCAGGAGGAGGAGGACAGCGAGAUGAUGAUGAUGAUGACGACGCUGAUGAUGAUGAUGAGGUAGAGAUGGAGGAGGCUGCUCACGAGGCUUCAUACGAUGCACCCCCCUACGGCACAGCAUUUCCGGAUUCUUGGGCGGGGAUGCAUGCGCAUCAAGAUGCCGUCUAUCGGCAGUUGUCCGCUGAGCAGCAUGAGCGGUUCGAUCAGAUGCGCUUCGAGCAGCAGGACUUCUACAGAGAGAUGAGGGAGGACCAGGCACUCCACUAUUCACAGCUCCAGUCUCAGUAUACACGGAUUGAUGAGAGACUCACCUCCAUGGAGACCAGCUGGAGUUCAUUCUUCGAUGCCUAUCCACCGCCGCCCCCUCCUGAGUUUUAGAUUUCAUUAGAUUGUCCUCUGCUAGCAUCUGUAUCAUUUUUACUGUUGGAUGACUGUACCGUAAACACUAUCA